AAUCUAAGAUCUUCUUCUCUUUGCCCCCAACCCAGGUUGAACACAAGAAACUGUACGGCCCCAUCUGGCGCUCGCGGUUCGGCCCGUUUGACGUGGUGAACGUGGCAUCUCCAGAGCUUAUAUCCCAGGUGAUACAUCAGGAGGGCUGCUACCCGGUCCGGACAGAGCUGCCACACUGGAAGGAGUACCGCGACAUGAGGGGACAGGCCUAUGGACUCCAUGUGGAUAAAGGACCAGAGUGGUACCGUAUCCGUAGUGCCCUGAAUCCAAAGAUGCUGAAGCUAGCAGAGGUGUCUGCGUAUGCGCCUGUCAUCCACCAGGUGGUAGGGGACCUGCUACAGCGUAUUGAGAGGCUCCGUCUCCGCAGUCAGGACCACACCACCGUACCAGACAUCACCGCAGAGCUCUACAAGUUUGGCUUUGAAGGUAUCUCUUCCAUCCUGUUUGAGACGCGCCUGGGUUGUCUGCAGGAGGAGAUCCCUAAGGACACGCUGAAGUUUAUCGCUGCAGCCAACGACAUGCUAACCCUGUCUGAGACAGUCCUCUUCCUACCGCUCUGGACACGCAACGUCCUGCCCUUCUGGAAACGAUUUAUCCAAGCCUGGGACGACCUCGUGGAUGUAGCUCAGCGUCUGGUUGACCAUAAAUUGGCGCAGAUGGAAGCCCAGGUGCUGGCUGGGAAGCAGGUGGAGGGGAUGUAUCUGACCCACCUGCUGUCCUGUGAUAAACUGUCCCUGGGAGAGGUGUACAUCAGCAUCACAGAGCUGUUGCUGGGCGGAGUGGACACGACGUCCAACACCUUGUCGUGGGCGUUGUACCACUUAGCUCGCGACACUGCGUCCCAGGACAUGCUGUACCGUGAGAUCAUGUCCGUGUGUCCAGGAAGACAGCAGCCCAGAUCAGAGGACGUGAGCAGGAUGCCCUACCUGAAGGCUGUCAUCAAGGAGACUCUGAGGAUGUACCCUGUAGUUCCAGGGAAUGGCCGUCUGACAGUAGACAAUGAAGUUGUUGUGGACAACUACUGGUUCCCAAAGAAGACCCAGUUCCAUCUGUGUCACUAUGCUACCAGUCAUGACGAGGGGGAGUUUGUGGAUGCAGAGUGUUUCAGGCCUGAGCGUUGGCUGAGAGGGGGUCCAGAGUCGUACCAACACCACCCCUACAGCUCUAUACCCUUCGGGGUGGGCGUGAGAGCCUGUGUGGGCAAGAGAGUGGCAGAGCUAGAGAUGCACUUUGCCCUCUCCAGGCUGAUGCAGCAUUAUGAGAUCCAGCCAGAGGAUGGGGCCCCAACCACAGAGCCCAAGACUAGAACACUGCUCAUCCCGUCCAAACCCAUCAACCUGCGCUUCCUACCCCGAGCCUGAGGAGGGUGCCAGAGAGGUAUAGACAGGGAUUGACAGGAGGGUCUGGUGUUGUGCUGUGCUGUGGUAACCUCCAGUCCCCUAGAUCCCCUUAAACAUAGGAAGAAGUUUGGGCAUGAGGGUGCUUGAGGGUGGGGAAUGCUGAAAAAUAAAGUUUGCUCGUGCUCCAGACUGCUAUAUCGUUCCACUAAUACAGUACUAGUAAAGGCCCAGUGCACUACUAAUCUGCCCUGUAAUAAAUGCACAUUGGUGUUGAGGAGAAAUGUAUCACAGUGUGUGUGUGUGUGUGUGUGUGUGUGUGUGUGUGUGUGUGUGUGUGUGUGUGUGUGUGUGUGU